AAUGUUUUCAACAUUAUCAUCUUUUUAAAAAUUGGGCUCAAGGACAGCAUCUCCGUGUGUUUCUUCGCUAUCUCCGGAGCCGAUCUGAUCUGCGUCAUGUUUCUGAUAUCGGCAGAGUGCUCCUUGCUUCUCUCAAAGUUCACGUUUCAGCUAUGGCGUGUCGAGGGCGACACGCUGUCCUUGCUCAUUAUGUUCUACUACGGACCAGUUUACGACAUCUCCCAAGGGAUUACGACAUUCCUUGCAGUGCAGAAAUGCUGGUGCGUUGCGUCCCCUUUCCGAUUUAAAAAAACCUUCACAAAGACCAGAACAGCCUUCGCUGUUGCGGGAAUUUGCAUGGUGAGUGUCUUGCUGUGUGUACCGAUAUUCGCCUCACAAGGUCUGCAGGAAGCGUUCGAUCCGGUAAGAAAUACAACAGUGUUUAAACUUACAACGUCACGAAACCGGGCACAAAUAAUGUCAGCCAGAAGCACGACCUCUUUGGUCACCACGACGACUUGUCAAGCUACCGUCUCUGCCUGUUUGGUCAUCCUGGCGUCCAGCUUACGAGCGUCGUCCAAGUUUAGGAACGCUACAAGUCAUUUAUGCGUGGAGACGGCUUCAUUUGAAAGUACAAAGACUAAUGGAAACGCGAUACCCAAGGAGACUUUGAAGACGCAUGAAAUUCAAAGAAAUUCCUUUUCAUCUGAUGGCCGCACAAUUAAUAGCCCCAAUGAGAGUAUGGCGUCCGGAAGAAAUAGAAAGAUUUCCAUCACCCGACCACGUAAAAAUAUACACAGAAAGGAAUUGUGCGCCAUCAAAUCGACGACGAUGGUUUCGGUUAUUUUCGUGGUGUGCACCAUGCCCAAGUUGCUGUUUUUCUCCACAAUCUUGUGUGAACCCGGAUUCAGUCUCUUCGGGCGCUACGAGAACACUUAUUUAACGGCCAGUACGAUUAGGUACACGUUUGAGGCCUGCAGUGUCUCGUGCAACGUAUUUGUGUACCUAGGUUUUAACAGGCGCUUCAGGUCUUCGUUUGAGGAAUUGUUGGGACGUAAAGUCCCGAAUUAA